AUGGAAAUGUAUAUGCAGCUUCGCAAGAGACGUCAGAGAAACAAAGCGGCAAAAAUAUGGUACGGCGAAUGUUCUCUCUAUAUUUCACAAGACGACUUAACAUCAAAUAAGGUGGAGAAGAUUGAUUACGAGAAUACUUUCUCAAUGCAAAAUCCAAACAACGUGAGGGGGGAUACAAAGUCGUUCAACAAUAAAACAAUGGAUUUCCUCCACAAGCUAACGCAAAAAGCUCAGGUGCCCAAAGGUAACAAGAUCGAAUUUUACGCGGCCGGAGAAGAGAGAAUCGGAGCAAAUAAUCUGUAUGCAAUGGUGUUGUGUACCCAAACCUUUGGGGACUGUGAGGCUUGUUUGAAAUCGGCUAUCAAAGAGCUUUCCAAAUGUUGCAGCGGUAAACAAGGAGCAAGAGUAUAUAUGGGUACGAGCUGUAAUCUUAGGUAUGAGCUUUACCCUUUUCUUAGUAAAUAA